GAUUAACGUGUUAACUCACUGGCACGCUGGAGCAGAGCCAUUUUUCUCUCCCUCCUCCCUCCCCGGUUUAGGUUUGGCUUUUUUUUUUUUUUAAUUUUUUUUUUCCCCCCCACGAUGAGCCCAUUUUUAAGACCGAAUUUCUCCCCGCGGUAAGAGCUCUUCUCCCGGCUCGGCCAUGCCGGCAGCUCUAUUUACGGGGGGCGUCUGCCAGAAGCCCCUGCCUCCCCCCUGAGCACAAAGGAGGCCGGUUCCCGGUCUCCCGGCGGGGCCAUCCCGGGAAGCAGCCGCAGAGCCGGCCCCAGCGAGGGGGGGUGUGGAUGUUGGGGAAGGGGGGGUGUGGAUGUAGCGGGGCUGCCGCAGCUGGGCACAAGGAAGAAGCCGUGGAUGUCUGUGGUCCUUAGAGAGCGGCUGGUUCCUCGGCCGGCAGAGGCUGCCUGCUCAGCAGUUCGGGGGCCAGCGGGCGAGGAGGGAGCCAGGGCUCGCAGCCUGCCCGCAGAGAUUUAAAACCGGCAGGAAGGAGCAAGGCUGCAUCGAGAGAGAGAGACACAGAGAGAGAGAGACAGAGAGAGCGGCGGCUGCUGCCGGAGGGCUCACCAUGAAGGACCAGCUCGAUGUCUCUGAACGCACCUGACCGGAUGGAUGCUUGUGCCUGAGCGGCGGCCAAGGCUGCGAGGGGGAGAUUCCGAGCCGAAAUCUGCGCUUUGUCAAGUUCGGGGCUUCUCUCCUCCCGGCAUCUCUCUCCCGGAGACCCUCACCCCACUCCCCACCGCUGCCCUCGGCUACUUCUGGGAGUUGAAGGUCGUCGUUUCUCCUCGGCAGCCUUUGGGAGCCAGCCCCGCGCUGCUGGGGGGGCGGCCGGGGGUCCGGCCGGUGGCUGAAGGGGUACCCGGGGCGCGAUGCAGGUGUCCAUCGCCUGCACAGACCACAACUUGAAGAGUCGAAAUGGUGAAGACAGACUCAUCAGCAAGCAGAACAGCACUACCCCCAACGUAGUCAAUGCAGCCCGGGCAAAAUUUCGGACAGUGGCGAUUAUUGCUCGCAGUUUGGGGACAUUUACCCCUCAGCACCACAUUUCAUUAAAAGAAUCCACCGCAAAGCAAACGGGCAUGAAAUAUAGAAACCUUGGAAAAUCUGGACUGAGAGUCUCGUGCCUGGGUCUAGGGACGUGGGUCACUUUUGGAGGUCAAAUCUCAGACGAGGUGGCUGAGCAGCUGAUGACCAUCGCCUACGAGAGCGGCGUCAACCUCUUCGACACGGCGGAGGUGUACGCGGCCGGCAAAGCUGAGGUCAUCCUGGGAAACAUCCUGAAGAAGAAGGGCUGGAGGAGGUCCAGCCUGGUCAUAACAACAAAACUGUACUGGGGUGGAAAAGCUGAAACAGAGAGAGGGCUUUCAAGGAAACACAUCAUUGAAGGGCUAAAGGCUUCUCUCCAGAAGCUGCAGCUGGAGUACGUGGAUGUCGUCUUCGCCAACCGGCCAGACAAUAAUACCCCCAUGGAAGAAAUCGUCCGAGCGAUGACACAUGUCAUAAAUCAAGGCAUGGCGAUGUACUGGGGGACGUCCCGCUGGAGCGCUAUGGAGAUCAUGGAAGCCUACUCCGUAGCCAGGCAGUUCAACAUGAUACCACCUGUGUGUGAACAAGCUGAAUACCAUCUUUUUCAGAGAGAGAAAGUGGAGGUUCAGCUGCCGGAAUUAUAUCAUAAAAUAGGGGUCGGAGCAAUGACGUGGUCUCCACUAGCCUGUGGGAUCAUCUCAGGGAAAUAUGGCAACGGGGUUCCUGAAAGCUCAAGGGCUGCACUAAAGUGCUACCAGUGGCUGAAAGAGAAAAUCAUCAGUGAGGAAGGCAGAAAGCAGCAGGUGAAGCUGAAAGACCUGUCGCCCAUCGCCGAGCGCCUGGGCUGCACACUGCCUCAGCUGGCUGUCGCAUGGUGCCUGAGAAACGAGGGAGUGAGCUCUGUUCUUCUAGGAUCUUCCAACCCAGAGCAGCUCAUAGAGAACCUCGGAGCCAUACAGGUCCUUCCAAAGAUGACAUCCCAUAUUGUAAAUGAAAUAGAUAAUAUUCUGGGAAAUAAGCCCUACAGCAAGAAGGACUACAGAUCAUAAUGCAAUGCAUGAAUUACCUGGACUGCAUGGUUUAGAAGUGCUCUGUACAGAAGUACAGCCCCGAAUUAAUAUCCGGUCAUAAGAAUCAUUCAGCAGCUUGCUGCUCGGUGUCUACUGUCACUGGAUCCUUCGAGAUGUGUGCUGUUGCUACUAAUCUGCAGUGAAAUUUAAAAGCACAGUUGAUCUCUCUUCUAACUGAGAAUAAUCUUGUAUUUUCUUACCUUCGACCAAAUUCAUUAAUUUUUACUUUACUCUUAGCACCUCAUGCUUGUGCUGUGAAAAACACAUGUAAAGCAAAAAAUAAUUUAUAACCUUCAGGUACUUGGUAAUUAAAGAAGGAUGUACAGAUCUAUUUUUUCAAUGAAGAAAAGCCAGAUACAACUUAAGGUUUUAAUAAAACCACAUUUGGGAAAUCUCAACUAUGAAGUUUCUUCAGGUUAACAGACAGAAGGGGCAAGCUCAAAUUUUCCGUUUUCUUUUUUAUGCUGAAUAUAUGCUUUAGAUUUUGUUUGUAGUUGAAGAAAAAAAUGUAAGACAGAGAAUUAGUUAGAAAUUAGAUAGCUGAGCUCCUAACUAUACAGUUAUUUUAGGUGCAGAGUGCUCCUGGGAAGUAUUUCUGAGUACAAGCCAGAAGAGCACAGUUAGAAAACCUGAACACGCAUGUCAGGUGAAUAAAAACAACAGCUGUUUGCAAAAUUCUAAUUCUACAUCAACCUUAAACCAAGAAAUCUAUGGCAAAAUACCGGGUUUUGCAUCUGUAGAAACCUGCCUCUACUUUUGCCUGCUUGUAGACAUAGCUACGGCAAAUUUCAAUAUUUAUGAGCUUUUAAGGAUAUAGGUACUUAUAAAUAUAUAUAUAUAUAUAUAUAUAAUAUAUAGCUGCUGAAAAAUACCAGAAAAAAAUCAGGUAUGUACUUUGGAGGGCUACAUUUGCUUUAACUUGUUCUGGAAUCGGGCAUAAGUAAAUGCAUAGUAUUUUUAAGACACAUUUUAAACAGGUAGGGGUUUUUUUGGUGAGCAUUUCAUCUCUCCACAGGAGUGGAAAAUUAAUUUGCCCAUCUUAAGAACGACAUCAUAUUUUACCAGGAAUUUGCUUUGUAAAAGGCACCUUAUGAUUUCAGUAAGUAGUUCUCUCUCGUACUGAGUCUGCGUACUUUGGGCACAUACUUCCCAGGGGUACGGCUAUGUACAGUAUUUGUAGGACCCUUGUAUUCUAGUCCCCUUAACUCCAGGGUAUCUGCAGAGCGUGGGCAGCCUUCCUGUGGGCACUUGGGUUGUCUUCUCCUGUAUUUAAUCCAAUGAGCUAUGGUAUGUGUAAAUGAACUUAGCCGCUGUGUAUCCAGAAAUGCAGUCUGACGUUGACUUCUGCUUGGACACAAUAAAGGCAUUUUGUGCAUCUAA